AUGAAUUUUACAAUACUGCAUGAAAUUAUUCGUGGUCACAUACGCCGCGGGAACCACUUUGCAGUUUUGGGGCUGUUGGCCCUCACUGUGGUUCACGAGGAUCCAGCGUUUUGGCAGACGUGUACGUAUCAUGAUGGUAUUGCGUCUGCGGUAAUUGCCUCCUUCUUGGCGAACCGUGGAAUAGAAGGCCCUCCCACACCGGAGACCAGAUCCACUGGAAGCGAGACCAGCCCGAAUAUAAGCCAAGAUCCACUGACAGCGAACGAGCUGUACAUUAUGCUGCGACGCAUACGCGGUGAGGACGCCCUUCUCUCCCGGUUUAUUGAUCAGUUGGAAACGGGAUCCGUCAAGGGAAAACAAGGCAAUAAUAGAAGCAGCAACAAUAAGGGCAGCAAUAAAAUCGGCGUAGACGCGUCUUUACCGUUUGCCGAGGUGCAGGUGAAGCUUGAGGAGCUUUGUGCCGUACUACAAGAGCGUUUCCAAAGCCGCGAUAGAAGAAGCAACCAAACACGAGAGGUAUCUGAUUCUCUGGCCACCACUGGGUCUCAGGCGUCGAAGCGUACACGUGAAUCAGAUGGCAUAGAGGAAACUUGCGCCAAUCUUGUGAUGGAGUCAACUGCCGUUGUCUGUCCAGAGGCCCGUUGCCUGGAGCCCGUGGAUGGCCAUGGUGGGAACGGAUGCAGUAAUGCGCUGGACGUCUUGGCACGUAUGCCUCCAUUGCCCGGUUCCACUCGCGCCCUAACCUCCUUUGACGCUGUAGCGGGUUUAGUGACCCACGACAAAUGCGAAGCGUCCGCUUCUCACGGUUCUGGGGGUCGAGAGUCAGAAGCAAACGGGGGUUUAAGUUGUGGCAUCGCCACUGUAGAGCCGCGGCCGAAGCAGCGUCGACACAAGUUCACUCCUGAAGAGGAUGAGGCUAUACUGCAGGGUGUGGCGCGAUUUGCAAAAGGUCCUGGAAGGUUUGAAAGUAUCCUUUAUGCUUACCGUGGUGUGUGGCAUCCUGCUCGGACGGCAACGCAGCUGCAUGAUCACUGGCGGGGAAUUCUGCGACAACGGGCUGUUCUCCACCAGGAAGGCUAUCGAGGGAAAAACAGUCUUGCAGCACGUGGAGGUAAAAGUGGAUUGGGGUAG